AUAUCCUGUAAAAAUAUUUUAGCUGAUCAUUAAAUGAUAUUUUUUGCUCAGAUCCUGUAGACAUUCUGCAUUCAGUAAACAAAACACUCCCCAAUAAUGAUUACAAAUUUACUGAAAUGUCAUUUUUAUCAUUUAACUAGAUUUUUUUUUGACAUGACAAGACGUUUAGUCUUUAAUGAGUGUUUAGUGAGUGUGUGACUCAUAGUGAGCAUUAAGUGUGUGUGUGUGUGUGUGUGUGUUGAAUUCUUAAUGAGUGUGUUUGUUGGGGUUGAGACUCUAAUGGUUGCUAUCGUGUGAACUUCUCCUCAUACUGAGGAACCGUUUAAACCAAAACACACACACACACACAUUAAUAUUAAUAUACAUACAUACAAUAUUUAUGCAUAUGAAUACAUACUUACCCUCACCCACCAACCCACACACACACACCCACACACAUACUGACAAGGUCUGUAGGUCUCAGACUUCCUGUUUGUGAAGAAUGCUGGGAAAAGAACAACUGGUUCCUCUCUCGCUUUUUCUCACACACACACACACACUCACACACACACACACACACACACACACAGAAACAGAGAGAGAGAGAGAGAGAGUGAGAGUGAGAGAGCGGCACUUGUGGCUACGCAGCAAGCAGUAAGCCUACCUUUGUGUAAAAUAAAAAAACAGAGAGUGAAACAUGGCAUCGUUUCACACUUGGUGAGCUAGCACGCCUGGAGAAACCUCAGUGUGGUUAACUUCUCUGAACUCCACACACACACACACACACACACACACACACACACAGCAACACAUAAACACACAACGUAACCUUGUCUAAAGUGACAUAUUUAGGUGGGUUUUUUUCCAGCGUUACCAGUUGCUAUCCUUGUGUCUUGUUAAUAGCUGAACAAAAACAUCAGCCAUUUUUAGAAACACAGAAGUUUCUGGCUCGGAGAAACUGAAACCCACUACAAUUAGCUUUACAUGUAAAAUUUUCAUGCAAAUACUUGCAAGUUGUGAAUCAGACAAAACAUAGUUUCGUGCAAUUUCACAACACUUAAACAAAACAAUUCAACAGCAGGUUAAUGACGUACAACAAGCAUCUAGCUAGUCACACAGCUGUGAUGUUAUCUAGCUAGUUAAGCUAACGAGCUUGAUUAACACUGCUUAGAAAUUAUAUUAAAUAUCAACACGGAAUAAGAUUCUUUUCCGUUCUUUUCCACAAUCUGAAAAAUCAAAGCUUUUAGGGACGAUAAACUUCUCAGUUUGCAAAAUAUGUAAAAUAUAAACUGAAAUCUGUCAGAGCGAUGACAUGUUCUGUAUCUUUGGUAUGUUGUUUUUGGGUUUGUUAUGUUAAAAAAAAGGAAGAGUGAUGAGCAGAAUGUGUGUGAAAGCUCACAGAACAGAAACACACACACACACACACACACAGACACACACACACCCAUACACACCGCAUGCUUCCUACUGAACAUCUGACCGUUAGAGAGCUAUCUCCAUUAGUGGUCAUGUCGCACAUUCCUUCUGUUUCCUGCCAGUGCGUGUGUGUGUGUGUGUGUGUGAGAGAGAGAGAGAGAGAGAGAGAGAUAGAGAGAGAGUGUGUGUGUGUGUGUGUGUGUGUGUGUGUGUGUGUGUGUGUGUGUUUAAAAUGUGAAAGGUACAUAGUGGCCUAAGUGAAACAAAACAGAGAGAUGGUGAGGAAAACAAAGUGACAAGGAAACAGAGAGAGAGCCUGGAGGAAGCGAUGGUUCGUCCUCCGGCGAGGUCGGAUGAGUGGAGAUCCCGAUGUUCUUGAGUACUUUCGCAGUAAGACUUCUCGGAAGCCUAUUCGCUCCAUCGAUCUGCAGGAAUGCGAGGUGGCGGCGGAGGCGGAGUCAGGCCGAGAACUGGAGUGGGGGGCGUGGCCUGUCAAACGGCACCUGGCCAAUCAGCACUUGUUCGUGGUGAAGACGUCAACGCGUGUGUUCUACCUGCUGGCCAAGACGGCCGAGGAGAUGAACUGCUGGGUGAGGAACAUCGGCCAGAUCUGCACCUUCAGCACCUUCAACCACAGCACAGAAUCAAUGGACAGUCUCGCCCACACUCCUUCCUCCCAUCAGCCCUCUCCCGUGCUCUCAACCCACGCCUCGUUCUCAGCCAAUCAGGACGCACCGGUUCCCGAAACAGACUCGGCGGUCAGAGACGAGCCCAGCGAAUCAGACACCGGCAUUCCGCUUGAUUAUCUCUUCCUGUCUCAGUGUGAAACUGGCAGGAAGACCAUCACCAGGUGUGACAGCAUGUCGAACUCGGAGCGUUCGUUUGAGCAAAGUUCGUUUGAGAACGUGACCGAUGAAGUGUUCAGUCCUGUCCUGUGUUUAGACUCCGCCCCCUCGCCCUUCGGUGCCCCGUAUGGGACCCGGCCGUUAUCGUCGUGCCCCGUCCGCAGCCCUGGUGACGUGUUCCGAUUCGACAGCCCCUUCUGUGCCACGCCCCCUCCUCUCCCGCCAAAACCCACACACAUGUCCGAUCACCAUGGUAACGAGGAUGCUGUGCGUCACCACGGGCAACUGGGGCUCCUCCCACGCAGGACGUCGCUGUCGGGUGGGGAGCAUUUUAGAAGAGCAGAGUUCGACUUCAGUGCGAGAGGAAACUGGAACAAAAGACUGAGUCUGAAUCUGCCGAUGUUUCUGGUUAACACUCCCUCUGAGAGCCAAUCAGACGACUCCUCUUACGUGCCCAUGGCGUCUCCGCCAAUCAGCUCCUCCGACACUGAAGUUGACGGCUACAUACCUAUGAGUCCACCCACGCUUCCUGUUUCCCUGUUAACCAAUGGGAAACCAGAAUCACCUCUUCCUCCGGCCCCCGAUAUGGAGCCUCCUCCAAUCAACCGAAGCCUGAAGCCGAGGAGGCGGGUGAAACCGCCGCCCCUCGAUUUGUCCACCAUUAGCGAAUUCCCCACCCACCUCCCUCUAAUUCGCACCAUGACGGAGCCCAGUGCAUCACCUCGUUGUUUUCCUUGGGACAGGGGGCGGGGCUUAAACGGCACCGAACAGGAAGGGAACGACACACCUGCGUUUUUGUUCUCUGCAUGUGACUCCGCCCCCUGGUUCCGGACCUCUCACCUGGAUUACCUGUCGCUGGAUUUUAACUCCGCCUCCCCCUCACCUGUCCAAAAGAAACCUCUGCUGGAUGAACAGCGUGUGGACUACGUUCAGGUGGACGAGAAGAAGACGCAGGCGCUGCAGAACACCAGGACGGAGUGGAAGGACAGCCGGCAGCCGAAAGUGUGAAGGAAAAAAAAAAACUGUAAAAUCAUCGUACGAUCGGAAAACGA